CUGAAGGAGAGGGACAGUAAGAGGCGGGGCAGUGGGAGCUGGGCUGCAGGGCGUGUGGGAGACAUCGACUUCACCAGCCCCAACAAAACCCGGGGAAAGUUCAUGCGUGUGCGCAGCUCCACGGACCCCGCCCUGAUCUACCAGCUGCUGACGGAGCAGUGGGGCCUGGACCCCCCCCACCUGGCCGUGUCUCUGGUGGGCGGAGACGAGCCGGUGCAGAUGAAGCCCUGGCUCAGAGACACUGUGAGGAAGGGCCUGGUGAAGGCCACACAGAGCACAGGUGCCUGGAUUCUGACCAAUGGGCUGCGCUUCGGCAUAACCAAGCACCUGGGGCAGGCGGUGCGAGACCACUCCCUCGCCAGCACCUCCUCCAAGGUGCGCGUGGUGGCCAUCGGCAUCACGCCCUGGGGCACCAUCCACAACAGAGACCUGCUGCUGCCCGCUAAGCCCGAGCACCCUGCAGUCUACCCCACAGAGGACCUGCCCUACGGGGCGGUGUACUCCCUGGACUGUAACCACUCCCACUUAGUCCUGGUGGAGGAUGACCCGGAAUGUUCUGGAAGCACGAGCGAGAUGAGGGUCAAACUGCUCAAAUACAUCUCCCAGCAGCGCACUGGAUACGGCGGAACUGGCAGUUUUGAGAUCCCAGUGCUGUGCCUGCUUGUUCACGGUGAACCCAAGAUCCUGCAGCGCAUGCACAAGGAAAUCCUGAACUCCACCCCCUGGCUGAUCCUGGCCGGGUCGGGGGGCGUGGCCGACAUCCUGGUGGACCUGAUGAACCGGGGCUGCUGGGAUACCGCCACGGUGCAGGAGCUCCUGCUGGAUACGUUCCAGGGCCGUUUCCAUAGCAGCGACAUCACCAAGUGGGCCAAACUGAUCCAGAAGAUUGUGGAGCACAGGCACCUGCUGACGGUUCACGACCCCGAGCAGGAGAGCUCCGAGCUGGACACGGUCAUCCUGAAGGCCCUGGUCAAGGCCUGUAAGAGCCAGAGCCAGGAAGCUCAGGACUACCUGGACGAGCUGAAGUUGGCGGUGGCCUGGAACCACGUGGACAUCGCCAAGAGCGAGAUCUUCAGCGGAGACGUGGAGUGGAGGGCGUGUGACCUGGAGGAGGUGAUGAUGGACGCGCUGGUGAACGACAAGCCGGACUUUGUGCGCCUGUUCGUGGACAACGGCGUGAACCUGGGCCAGUUCCUGACGUACGGCCGGCUGCAGGAGCUGUACUGCUCGGUGUCGGAGAAGAGCCUGCUGCACGACCUCAUGCUGAAGAAGCUGGAGGAGAAGCAGGUCCUGCUGGCCACCGCCCGGGCCCCGGGGCCCCCACACAGCGAGCAGGGCGACCGCCGGCCCCGCUUCACCCUCCACGAGGUCUCCAAGGUGCUGAAGGACUUCCUGCACGACACCUGCAAGGGCUUCUACCAGAAGCUGCCCACGGAGAAGGAGAAGGGGAAGAAAGGGCGGCUCUUCCACUCCCAUAAGAACCUUCCGGACAUGGAGGAGCGCUGUGAGAACCCCUGGAGGGACCUCUUCCUCUGGGCCGUGCUCCAGAACCGCCAGCAGAUGGCCAACUACUUCUGGGCCAUGGGUCCUGAAGCCGUGGCCACAGCGCUGGCGGGCUGUAAGAUCCUGAAGGAGAUGGCUCACCUGGAGUCAGAGGCAGAGUCCGCUCGCAGCAUGAAGGAUGCCAAAUACGAGCAGUUUGCUCUGGACCUGUUCGGUGAGUGCUACACUAACAGCGAGGACCGGGCCUACGCACUGCUGGUGCGAAAGACUCGCUACUGGAGCAAGUCCACCGUCCUCAACCUGGCCACAGAAGCUGACGCCAAGUUCUUCUUUGCUCACGAUGGAGUCCAGGCUCUCCUGACUAAGAUUUGGUGGGGGUCCAUGACUACAGACACUUCUAUCUCCAAACUGGUCCUGUCCUUCUUCUGCCCUCCUCUCAUCUGGACCAACCUGAUCAAAUUCAGUGAUGAGGAGGUGAACAGCUCUCGUGGAGGGGAGCCGCUGGCAGAGCUGGACAGUCAGGACACAGAGAAGGCCCUGCUGCUGACAGAGGAUGACCCCAUGGAGGACAAGCCUCAGAGCACCAGCGCGGCCUGGAGCCGGUUCCUGCUGAACCGCUGGCAGCGGUUCUGGAGUGCUCCGGUCACGGUCUUCCUGGGGAACGUGAUCAUGUACUUCGCCUUCCUGGUCCUCUUCACCUACGUCCUGCUCCUGGACUUCCGCCCCCCGCCCCCCAACGGGCCCUCCGUGGCCGAGAUCAUCCUGUACUUCUGGGUCUUCACCCUGGUUCUGGAGGAGGUGCGGCAGAGUUUCUUCACGGACGAAGACACCAGCAUCCUGAAGAAGUUUAAGCUGUACGUCGAGGACAACUGGAACAAGUGUGACAUGGUGGCCAUCUUGCUUUUCGUGGUGGGCGUGUCCUGCAGGAUGGUGGAUCACAUAUACGAGGCUGGCCGCACCGUCCUUGCUCUGGACUUCAUGGUCUUCACGCUGAGGCUCAUCCACAUCUUCGCCAUCCACAAACAGCUGGGCCCCAAGAUCAUCAUCGUGGAGAGAAUGAUGAAGGACGUCUUCUUCUUCCUCUUCUUCCUGAGCGUGUGGCUGAUCGCCUACGGCGUGGCCACCCAGGCGCUCCUGCAUCCCAACGACCCGCGGCUGGACUGGGUGUUCCGCAGGGCGCUAUAUCGCCCCUACCUGCACAUCUUCGGCCAGAUCCCUCUGGAGGAGAUCGACUCCGCCCACAUGCCGGAGAUGAACUGCACAACGGAGCUGAACGAGAUCCUCUCGGGCACGCAGCCGCCCUGUCCCAACGUCUUCGCCAACUGGCUGGUCAUCCUCCUCCUGGUCAUUUACCUGCUCGUCACCAACGUGCUGCUGCUCAACCUGCUCAUCGCCAUGUUCAGCUACACCUUCCAGGUGGUCCAGGAGAAUGCGGACAUCUUCUGGAAGUUUCAGCGCUACAACCUGAUCGUGGAGUACCACGGCCGCCCCGCCCUCGCCCCGCCCUUCAUCAUAAUCAGCCACUGUCAUCAGCUGCUGCUCUGUUUGGCCAAUCGGACCGAGUCUAAGCAGGAGCAUCUAGAGCGGGAGCUGCCGGCUGGCUUGGACCAGAAGCUGAUGACCUGGGAAUCUGUGCAGAAGGAGAACUAUCUGGCCAAACUGGAGCAGCAGCAAAGGGAGAGCAGCGAGGAGAGACUGAAGGCCACCUCCUCCAAGGUUCAGGCCCUGCUGAGGAUGACCGGGGGAUACAAGGAGCAGGAGAAGCGCUUCUCAUCCAUGGAGUCCCAGGUGAAGUACUGUAUGGAGGUGUUGUCGUGGAUGGCGGAGUGUUUCGCACAGAGCACGCUCAGUAGCGGCACAAAGGCUCCCGAUCCGCCAGGUUCCGCAGUCGCAGCAAGGACAGCGGACAAGGAAAGGGAAACAGGAUCUAAAGAAGCAAAGUCAGGGCCACAGGAAGCCAAGUCAAGUUACGAAGAUGACGAGGCAGGGUACGGAGCCAACAAGAAGCUCCCUUACAUUGACGAGUAGCACAGUGCAGAAGCACAGCAGCCUUAACACAGAUCCUACUGCCCAAACAGAUGGUCAGCUGCAUGUUCUUAUUCCGCCUUUACACCCAGUAAAGCUCAAAUGUUCAAACCGUUACCUGUGAACUUUCCUGAUAGGGGCGUGGUGAUAGACAUUACUCGUUGCAGCAGAUGUAUGUUGUCUACUUGUUACUCUUGUUACUCAUCCAGAAUGUCCGACGAUAAGGAAGUAAGUAAGGAACACAGCAACUGACUAUCUGGUUACUGUAGAGGAUCUGUGGUGUUGAGGGAACAGGACUGAUGAUGCGUGUGAACGAGCUGUGACAAGCUGAUUACAUCUUGGUGACUCAGGUGACGGGGCAGGUGAGGGCCUGUGACUGUAGUGCCAGGGUGCACAACUCCAGUCCUGGUGGGCCGGUCUGGGUGCUGGUUUUUGUUCAAACCGGUGCCCUUAGUUUUAGUUUUCUGACAGCUCUUUGCUCUAUAUACUAUGCUGCAUCACUCCUCUACCCCUGUAAAGUCUUUAGGACAGACUUCAAGUGCACAGCUGUAGCUGUUGGUUAUACAAACGUCAGAUCAAGAUAUGGUUGAGCUAAUUAAAUUAUUAAGCGCAGAAGUUGGCACACAAUCCUGAAAUGGAUCAGCCCGGCUCGACCGUCACCGGGAGACGUCUGUGGCCUGAACUUCAGCCCAUCUGCCAAAUCACCUGUGUGAUCGUACCUGGCCUCACCUGGUCCCAACGUCUCACCGUCUCUCCCCACGCCAUCAAGUUUUAAUGUUUUAUGUGUCUUAUGCAGCAUAACUUUCCUCUGAAAUAAUUCCUGUUUCUUCUUUCUCUUAUUUAAUAUGGAUUUGAAUGUUUGCCUGUUCUUAGUGUGCCUUAUCCCAUGUAUUUCAGUUUACAAAGAGUAAGAGUGCCUGAAUUGGAACCAUUAU